CGCCACUCCUGCGAGGGAAGAGCAAGAUGAGGGACCCGAAAGGCAGCGCCGGAGCCAACAGGCAUGGGAGCCACUGACAUAUUUAUCGCCGAAUUCCCGAGCAAGGCAGCCACAGAGAUGUGAAGAGAGGGGCGCCCGAGAUUCGCUUCCAAAAUCGGCCGAUUCAGCUGGAGGAGGUUCGAUCCGUGGCGAAAAUGACCAGACUAUUGUCUCGCAUCCUCGUAACGCAACGGGCCCGCAGGAAUCUUGGCACCGCUUUUACGCAGCAGACCACAUAGCUUCGUCGACGUUCAGCCCGACUGAAGAGCGACCACAUGGACAAAGGCUGCCUGCGCACCUCUCGUAGUGAUGCUGCGAAGUGAACGCUGAAAAGCCACCAGAGAAACGUCCUGCUGGUUCCUCCCGAGAGGGGAAAAAACACACACAGACACACACACACACAUACGCGAGGAAAGAAUCAACGGCGGGACCUCGGCAAGUCCAAAACGACCUUCCCUCCGUCCCCAAACAAAGAAUCGUCUUGUACCUUAAGGCAUCUUCACAGACUCGCAUAGCGAGUCUGUGAGCAAGUGAGAGAGGGACACUGUCUGCCCCACUGUCCAGUGACACCAUGAGCUGGAGCUUCCUCACACGGCUGCUGGAGGAGAUCCACAACCACUCCACCUUCGUGGGGAAGCUGUGGCUCACCGUGCUCAUCGUCUUCCGCAUUGUUCUCACUGCCGUUGGGGGAGAGUCCAUCUACUACGACGAGCAGAGCAAGUUCGUGUGCAACUCGGGCCAGCCGGGCUGCGAGAACGUGUGCUACGACGCCUUUGCUCCGUUAUCUCACGUCCGCUUCUGGGUGUUCCAGAUCAUUUUGGUGGCGAUGCCAUCCCUUAUGUACAUGGGCUACGCUGUCAAUAAGAUUGCACGAUUGGACGAAGCAAAAGGAACCAUUGGUUCUGCUGCCGUCAGAGGAGGAGGAGGAGGCGGAGGCGGCGGCUACACCCACAGAAAACCUAGGAAAAUCUGCUUUGGAGCCCGGCAGCACAGGGGCAUAGAGGAGACCGAGGAGGACCAAGAGGAUGAUCCUAUGAUCUACGAGGUGCCAGAGAUCGAACCGCCGAAAAGGCCCCGAGAUCCGCUGCAGCCCACACCCAGACCUAAAAUCCGCCACGACGGGCGUAAGCGUAUUCGGGACGAGGGUCUGAUGCGGGUCUACGUUUUGCAGCUAGUGACCCGAACAGUGCUAGAGGCCAGCUUCCUCGCGGGCCAGUAUUUACUGUACGGCUUUCGCGUGAAGCCGAUUUUUGUGUGCUCGGGAAAGCCUUGCCCCCACAGCGUUGACUGCUUCGUGUCGCGGCCGACGGAGAAAACCAUCUUCCUGCGCAUCAUGUACGGUGUCACCGUCCUCUGCCUCACUCUCAAUGUCUGGGAGAUACUCCAUUUGGGCAUCGGCUCUAUCUGUGACAUUCUGCGGCGCCGGCGAAGCCCACCUCAGGAUGACGAGUACCAGCUGGGCUUGCUGGGCCCCAGCGGUGGCGGAGAGGGCUCCGUGGGAGGGACAGCUCCCGAGGCAGGCUCCGAGGGCGGGGUAGGUGGAGACGGUGCUGCAGACUACGUCGGGUACCCAUUCUCAUGGAACACCCCUUCAGCUCCUCCGGGGUACAACAUUGUCGUAAAGCCAGAACAGAUGCCCUACACGGACCUUAGCAAUGCUAAGAUGGCAUGCAAGCAGAACCGGGCCAACAUUGCCCAAGAGGAACAGCAGCAGUUUGGCAGCAACGAGGACAAUUUCCCUACUGGAGGAGAAGCCCGCGUGGCUCUUAACAAGGACAUGAUCCAGCAGGCUCACGAGCAACUGGAAGCCGCCAUCCAAGCCUACAGUCAGCAGCACCGGGCCGAGGAGCAGCUCGGAGACAACCAGGACGACAAGCCUCAGAGUAACAUUAUCCAAGCCCAGCCGCAGCCCCAGCUUCAGCCUCAGAAAGAGCGCAAACACAGAGUGAAGCACAGCAAGGGGGGCAGCAGCGGAGGAGGCAGCAGCAGCAACAGCAGCAGCAGCAAAUCGGGAGAGGGCAAGCCCUCAGUAUGGAUUUAAGCCCACACACAUUGUCAGCAUGUAUAUAACACUGAAUGGAUGGGCAACUGUUGCAACCUGUGUUGGAUAUUACACCACACAUGCCUUAGAGAAUCCUGCAAGCUGGAGAUUAAUGUGUUUCUAUGGAGCUGGGUUAAAAAAUAUAAAAUAAAAAAAAGUGCGAUGUUGCCGCUGACAGUUUGUUUAGUCCACGCUGUCUCUGUCUUACCAGAACAAUCACACAAACUGUGUUAUGUUCUCCAUGUCUUUUGCCAGUCACAUCUGAAAACGAUAAAUGCCGUCUUCCUGCUUCCCUGUCCGUAGGAAAUCCAGCUUCAUAAACCUUUGAUUCUUCAAAGUUGUUUUGAGAUUAGAUUGUUCCUGGAUUUUGACUUACACACCCUAACUCUAGUGGCAUCAAAACACGAAAUGAGGCACCAUCACAAUGUCUUGUUAUGUACAAUAUCUAGCAGACCAAAGCUUUGACCUAAGGUUAUGAUAAUUAAGGUAAAUUAUAAAAAAAAAAUGUACAUAAAAUAUGAUUAAGGGGCAUCACCCGAAGCAGUGACUGUUUACUACAGCAAGAGCAUGACCUACCUAAAGGCUAUGUCCUGUCACUUGUCGUCUUCUUCUCUGUUCUCCGUAGCGUCCGUUCACUAUGUUUUUGCUGUACCUUUGCAUUCGACUGUGUGUUUAUUUCAUGUGAAUUUUAAAUCAAAGUGCUACACCGAGCUGCUGCUCAGGUUCUGCUGAGUACAGCCGGUGGAUCUCACAUCUCCUGAAAGUUUUUAUUAUUAUUAUUAUUAUUAUUAUUAUUAUUUAAAACAAGAUGCAGAUGCAAUCCAGCUUUUAUAUCUUAAAUCUUCAAGUUCCUUGGUUGCAUCCUUGGCCGUUCUGGGAGGAGACAGUGCUUGUCUGCUGCUCCAUUUGCCUUGUAGCUGACUGCCCCCUGGUGGCGAUUUUCUACCGGGCACUUCCGCUCGUCUAUUUACUAUGAAGUAGAUGGAAAUACUACCUAUCUCCAGCAACACCUUAACCAGCUGUGGUGGUCCUUUUCUACUGACAAGACUUGUGUCACUUAUGUCUUCCCAGUGCUUCAUUUUCAGUGUUGAACGCACAAGUCUUCACGUCGUAAUGGAAAGAGUUCAAAGCCAUUACUUUAAUAUAUAGUGAGACCAAACACUGUCUGUGUGAUGCAAGCGUCAGUGCCAAGAUUUUACACUAGGCUGCUAUUGAGCUUGGUUGUUUGUAGCUUUGGAAUACUUUGGCCAUGCUACGCCAGCCGUGGAACUACUUCUGUGUCAGACCAACCCUUUUAUAAACACACCCCCUUUUUUUAAAUUACCGUUUGUUUAUUGCUCUUUUAAAAUGGGACUUGACAUGAAAAACUCCAAAAUGGAGUCAGUUUUAAUGAUAAAGCCAGUGUUUUGUAUGAAAACAUUUUGCUUUUGGAAUGAAGCUCUUUUUUUUGUUUUGUAUGAUUAAAGACAAAAGAUCAAUGAUUACCUUUGUGGAUAUUUAUGGUUAUUGUGAUUUGAUUGAUUGCCUACCAACUGUAAAAAUGUGAAAUAUGACAUAGUAUAUUUUUAUAACAUGUCAACUGCAAUGGCUGAAGUAAAAGAGUCAUUUGUUUUCUUGUGUGGUGCAGUAUCAGUAUUUAAUGUAUUUAGCAACCCUCUGAACUGACUUUUAAUAAACAGUGUUACUCCUUUUUCAA